AGUUUCGUGGGCGCGGUUUGUGUCGAUCUUCACCAUAUAAGGAAUAAGUGACAUUUAAGUGUCACUGAUCACGUGCAGUCACGAGUUCAAAAACAUUAAGUAUCUGAGGGACUUAGUUUUUUUUAGUGCCGAAUAUAUGAGAAAAACUCUUUCUCCUUUCCGUCUGGAAUUUUAUAUUCCGCAGUAAUAUUAUAAAGAUUAACCCUUAAAAACCUUUAUAUGCUAAAGAGCGUACAUAGGUGAGCCCUUUCUGGGCUCGGCGGAAAGGCGAGGUUUGAUACCUUACCAGACUACACUCUUUUACACCCUUAUGAACGAAAAAAACUCGGACUUCAACCUUAUUCUCAACCCUCCCAACUACGAAAAGAUUCUUUUCGGCUUUAGAGAAGAGCGUCUUUUACACAACAAAUUUUUUGUCUUUCAACUAAGGUUCUCCAACCCAGAAAAUAUUCUUAAAAAGAAGAUAACUUCUUUACACCAAGUCUCUUUACACCACUUGGAACUUUGGAUAGAAGACUCUUUCGUCCAAACUGACGACCACUCUUGCUUCGAAUUCUUGGCGUUGGCAUGGUCUCGUGCUCAGCAAGACAAUUUUCCUUUUUUGGAUACAUGCAACGUGUAUUUUAAUUACAAAGAUAUCCAAACUACACCAAUUAAAACUCACGCUACACUAACCAAAAUUUUCCUUAUCGGGAUUAACCUUCACGUUGACAAGAAUCUUCCAGAUAUUUGGGCAAGACAGUCACGUGAUAUAGAUAAAAUUUUUUCUAAGGAUGAUAUAUAUUCCUUAUGGCGUUGGUUAUUAUUUCAUGACACUUCUGGUUUAAAUAAAGGCUCAGGAGUUACCAUCAUGAUUACUGACAAAAUAGCAAAAGAUUUACAACAUACAGAAUUUCUCGAAGGACAUCGCAAUUCUUCUCUAUUAACACCUCAAACCAAAGCAGUAUCUGCAAAAUAUUUGGAAAAAUCAUCUUCUGGUCUUUCAUUACUUAAUUAUAAUAAUCUUCCUGAACCAAAAAAUUCUGAUGAUUAUUAUGAACAAAAUGAUAAUAUAAUAAGCAGAGAAUUUUCAGAAUCUUUACAACUUAACUUUUCCCAAUUGAAUAUUAAUACUUAUGAAUCUUGUCAAAUCAAUAUUUCUCAGUUGAAUAUUAAUGAGAAUGAAUCUUCACAAAUUUCUACUAUUUCUCAAUUGAAUGUUAAUGAAGAUAGUCAAAAUAGCGAAUCAGGGAGUAAAAGAAAAAAUUAUUUUUUAAGUCAAAUUAACGAAUCUGAGAGUGAAAGAAAAAAAAUUAGAAUAGAAUAA